CUCGUCUUUUUUUCCUAAAGCUUUGGUGAAGUUAGACUCCUGCUUAGGCUACCAUCUAAUAGACAGAAAGGUAAUAUACGUGAGCGUUAUCACUAAAGUAGCGAGUGACAAACAAUGGAGGAGUUGGCACGAGAGAGUAUCCGCAGCAUAAGUUUACUGUCUAAACCUUCACGCGGGUCAGAUGUCCCUCGUCUCGGCUCCUUUGGAGCCAUUUUCAUCAUGCUAAAAUCUGCGCUGGGCGCCGGACUGCUCAACUUCCCAUGGGCUUUUGAGAAAGCAGGUGGAGUGAAUAUUGCCCUCAGCGUGGAAAUGAUUUCCUUGGUGUUCUUGAUAAGUGGCCUUGUGAUCCUGGGAUUUGCCUCAUCAGUAAGUAGGCAAAACACUUAUCAGGAUGUGGUGCGUGAGGUGUGCGGUCUCAGGAUUGGUCAGCUGUGUGAAGUCUGCUUCGUCUUUAACCUUUUCAUGAUCUCAGUGGCCUUUUUGGUGGUGGUGCAGGACCAGCUUGAGAAAUUGUGUGUAUCAAUCUAUGAGACAAUAACAGGCUUGACUGAAACAGAGAUGCCACAUUAUUGGUACAGUGAUCAUCGUUUUGUCCUCUUCAUCAUGUGUCUUAUUAUCAUCUUGCCCCUCUCCAUCCCUAAAGAAAUUGGUAUACAAAAAUACACUAGUGUUUUAGGGACACUAGCGGCUACAUACCUUUCUGUGGCUAUCAUAGUGAAGUAUUACAUGAGAGAAGACCAAAUUGCUGAUCUUACACCUCAACACAGCACAGGGUUAGAAUCAUGGGCUUCAAUGUUCAGUGUUGUUCCUACUAUCUGCUUUGGUUUUCAGUGUCACGAAGCCUGUAUUGCCAUCUACAGUAGCAUGGAGAAUAAGAAGCUGUCUCAUUGGAUAUUUAUUUCUGUGGUUUCUAUGCUCUUUUGCCUCCUCAUCUAUUCCCUAACUGGUGUGUUUGGUUUCCUGACAUUUGGACGGGUUGUGGCCUCAGAUAUUCUGAUGUCCUAUCCAGGAAAUGAUAUCACAAUGAUCAUUGCGAGGCUACUCUUUGGCUUCUCCAUCGUCACCAUUUAUCCCAUAAUUUUGCUGCUGGGCAGGUCUGUGAUCUUGGCGCUGUUGCUACGAUACCGUGACCGAACCUCCAUUGUGACAACAGAGUUUGAGCAGCGCUGCCGUGUGAUACUUACAGUGCUCUGGGUGGCUGUGACACUACUUAUUGCAGUUUAUGUGCCAGACAUGAGUGAGGUCAUCAGUGUCAUCGGAGGAAUCAGUGCUUUUUUCAUCUUCAUCUUCCCCGGUCUGUGUUUGAUCUUCACCAUGCAGACAGAGCCACUGUCUUACAGAACUAGGGGGCUGUUAACAAUAUGGGGAGUCAUUACAGUGGUUGUUGGUGUGUUCAUCUUUGGUCAGAGUACAACCAUUGCUGUCAUGGAAUUGUUGCACAAAUUCUGAUCCCCUCAUCUUACCGCCAAUACAUCUCAGAAUUCCCAAGUUACCUUGUAUAAUGUGGUUUGCUUUGAUAUUAAACUGCAUUUUGCAUGCAAUUUUCCCACCACAGGGUUUAUUUUAUAAUCACUGAUUAGACUAAUUACUAAUUUAUACUUCCUAGGCAAACAAACUUCUUUUAGCUCUCUUCAAGUUAUGAUGAAGCGUUCACCAGGUUAUUUUCAGCAGUUAGGUUACACAUUUUUUUUUUAGCUCUGCAUUAAAACGAAGCUGGGACUUCGUAAACAAAACAUUGUUACAGAAAUGGUAUACAUUUUCGGAGAUAUUACCUAACAUGCAAAUAUUUUACUCAUAAAUCCAUGUUUUAUCUGUAAGAUCCAUGUUUCAUUGUUCAUGCUAUGUGAGGUUAGCUAUUUUUAAGAAUUAUAUAGCACAAAAUUGCAGAAACACAAAUGUGCAAGUAAGUAAUGUAUAGAACGCCGGUCAUUAUUGGGAAGAUAAGUCCCAUCAGGGCGAACCGGUCUUGCUUCGGCAUUCUGUACAUUAUCCCGCUUAUUAUACGGCUACUUGCCAAACUAAAAAAAUAAACUCCAUAUGAUA